AUGUCUCCGUCGUCUGCGACACAGGAAAACCGCGGCGUCAAGCGCAAGAAGCCGCCGACCUUUCAGCACCUUCCCGUCCAGCGUGCUAAGAAACUUAAGCGCUCAUGGGUCGAAGUACAGAAGAUCAAAAGCAAGUGGAAGGCACAGAAGCGCAAGGAGGGGCUCGUCGCUUCCCGGCAACAAUUAGCACGCGAUGUGGACGCCAACGACGCUAAAGGACGCGGAUCAGACGAGGAUCAGGAAAGAGACGAGAAUGAGGAGCGGACAAUCGAUGCAGGUGCGAGCAGCGACGCGAACGAGGAAAGUGAGGAAGGGAGCAGCGAUGAAGCGUCCGACUCCGAAUCGGAAGAAUCGUCUGUCGAUGAACAUACCCAACGACCUAAUGCCACGACUGCAUCCCCAAAACGCCCGACACUACAGAAACGCGAGAAAGGCCGGCCACAGAAACCGGCAGACGAGCAGUUAUCAUUGCGGGAGCUUCAGCGAAUGGCAUAUUCGCGCGCCUCCUUGCAUACACACAAGUCCGACCCGUUGCACAGACACAGAGGUGCCGCUCCUUCACAGGGCAGAGGCGAUGGCAGGGGUGGCGAGAAGGGCCGAAGAAGAGGAGGUAGGGGCGGCGAGCGCGGUGCACGGGGUGGCGCCCAUAGAGGUCGGGGUCGAGGCCAGCCGGAUAUGGGAUUGCGGAUGAAGGCGAUGUUGGAGAAAAUCAAACAGGAUUACACCUAA